AAUGCAUUAAUAUGUUAUGGAUUUAGUCUCGUUAAUUUGUCACUUUUUGCUGAAACUGUCUCAAACGGAAAUCAGACAUCGUUUUUCUUAGCGCUGCUGAUUAACGUGAAUUUUCAGGACUUUUUAACGUCAGCGUGCAGAUGAUAAGCUAACCAGCUAGUUAGCUUACAGCUAACUGAGUUGCCAGCUCUGCCCAGUCGUCGGGAAACAACAGCCGAACUAUUCCGUUAGCGCAUCUGAACAGCCAGUGGCCAAGGAGGUGGUCAACAUUCAAUGACAGUUAACUUUGCAAAUCGUAAACACGCAAAACGGCCUUUUUUUUUAUUUGUUAGCUAACGUUAGCAGGUCACGUUAUUCUGUGGCUGUUGGACAUGAAAUGUAAGACGCUGCCCAGUAUCCUCGGCAAAACAACGGUUAUGUUAGUUUUCGAGCAGGAAACGUUCGCGGAAAUAACGUUAGGUUAAGGUUAGCACUCAUUAUUACAAUCAAAGUUAUCUAACGCUCGAUAAUCAGCAAGUCAAUAAGCUGACUAACAUUUUACCUUGUUUGCAAUUUGGUUGCGAGAAGAUGAAUUGCAAAUUAUCAAUAUUUAACAGAAGACGAACAAAAUAAUGGCUCACGUCGAAAACACAAGACAAAGUUAUUUUUUUAAACAAGUGACUUCUCAUUUCAGGCUAAACUGCCUCUGCUGAGACUAAAAAAAAAUUGAAUUAAGGUUCUGACUUACCUAUAUGGUUACUAAUGGGUGGUGAUGCUUGGCCAUUUGCCCAGGUUAGUGUACGACGCACGAGUUAACUUCCGCCAGUGAGGGGAAACUUAAAUGACAAAUGUAAAAAAAAAAAAAAAAAAAAACGGUACUAUUGUUAAAAUGUGUUAGACAUCUCAUUAUCUGAUCUGAUCUGAUUGAUUUUAAUACUUGUGAAAGCCAAAUUAAUUAAUUAAUUACUUAAAAAAAAAAAAAAAAGAAUCACAGAUUUCACUGCCUUUUCCCCAUCUACACCAUAUCAGACCAGAUGUAUUUAUCCAAGGUCACCACACCUUCAAAUUGUUGCAUAGACACACAUACUAGUAGUGAACCACAGCAACACGUCUGUAACCACGAUAUGCAAAAUAUUUAGUGCAUAUCUUGUAUUUUCAUUGUCCUCUAAAGACUUUUGUUCCAUGAAAUUGUAUGUUCGUUGUUAAUUAAUAAACCCGUUGUGUUUCCCUGAACUUCUUGUGUUCUGUUGUGGGUGCUUAAAAGGUUUGAGUGCUGUGUUAGAGUUAAAAAGGUUUUUGUUAUCUGGCCUUAUUUACUGCUGUUCAUUUCAGUCUGACAGGCUGCUGGCUUGCUGAGCUAUCUUUGACCACAGGUGCUGUAGCUAAUGUCCAUGGAUCCAUAUCACUACCAGGGAGUAACUCAAACUGUAUCACCUUAUGUCAGAAACUCUCAACUCUCCUUUUCAGGUCCUCUGGUUCAAGGAAAUCCAUGAUGGACUCCAGGUCUCGGAGACUUCCCUUUUGUCUGUCCGGCUCAAGGUCGUCCUACACAUCCAGUCCAACAGUCUCCUCCUCAUCUCUGGGCUCCAGUAGGUUAUACAGCCGAGAGACGGUGCUGAAUAAUGACCGCUUCCCAAGGGCAUCAUCAGCUUACAAAACAGACCUGGAGCAACAGAAUUCUCGCCUCCUGAGCUCAUCCAGAGACUACAGCAGCUCUGACAGUCGCUCCACCAGCUGGAAGUUACCCACUUCUCUGACGUCCUCCAGCAGAUCUUAUGAUCGCCCGUGGGUUGAAUCCUCUCUGAGCAGCAGGAGCAAACUGACUGAUUCUGAGGGGAGGUUGGGGAUGCGCUCAGGUUUGUUGAACGCCAGUGAUGAUGGUGAUUCUAAAAGGGCCAAACUGUCAUACAGCAACAGAGGACUGUACUCAAGGACGCCCAGCACCUCAGUUACAGGAUCCACCUAUUCCAGCAGUGGGCUCAGCAGUGGCAGAGGUAUAAGUGAAAAACAAAAUGACACGUUUGAUUCAUCAUGGAGCUCAUGCCGUUUUCUCUCACGGUCAUCGUCCUCCUCCUCAAAGCCGUUGUUCUCCAGGAGAGAGCAGGAGACAAAGAACGAGCCCGGUCUUUCAAGUUUGGGAAAUGGAAGAAUCAGGACGCCUGGAGUGGCUUCCUCCUUAUAUCAGACAGACAGGGUGACCUCCACAUAUGCACAGGGAGCUCGGCCUAAAGAGUCUGCUUACUCAUCCUCCUCUUCCUCCUCCGCUGCCAGAGAAAGCUCCCUAAAUCGCCACCUCUCAUCCUCCACCUCUCACCGGUCUUCUCCUCUGGUGCGCGACUUCAGCAGCAGAACCACAACCCGUUACGGCUCCUCCACCCUCCACUCAUCUCAGGAACAAACAGGAAACCCUGAAUCUCCCUCAGAUAUCUCCUCCUCUUACUCCUCUUACACCCCCUGGUACCCCACUCCCCAGGCCAGACCACAGGCGACACUCCCUCCAAGGCCGGCCCCCGAAGGCGGUGAGCCAGAGGGCCGUAGCUCCACGCGAAGGCUUUUGUCCCGUCUAUUUUCGCGGCGCUCCAGCCAAGACUCUUCUAGUGGCUCUUCCAGUGUUCGCUCGCUUGAUGAUGACAGUCCGUCAACUGGUGGAGAGUCUGUGGACAGUGAUGAGGGAGCCAGGAUGUCUAGUCUGGACCCUGACGCUGGAGGGUCAGAGACGACCUUGGGUAGCCUCAGGAAUCGUAGAGCAGACCUCGCCCCUAUCCAGGAAAACAACAGUGAUGGUUAUCGUAGCGGCCUGGCUAGGUCCAGAAUGGCAUCAUGGAGAGAGCCUGGUGUUGGUAGUAGUAACAACACCAGCAGCAGUGGAGCAGGUGGCAGCUCCUCCUGGCUUUCCUCCUCUCUCCGAGGCCGCUGCCCUCCACUACUCGCUCGCCUCAGAAGACAUGCGAGGGACAAUGAGAGUGCACACUCAGCCGCAGGCUUAGAAGAAGGCUUCAGCCAUCCACAGCAUGUACUGAGAAGGUGGGACAACCUUGAGCAUAAAGCAUCACAGGAGGAUGAUGAGGAUGAGGAUGAGGACGAGGAGGAUGAGGACGAGGAUGAAGAUGAGGAUGAGGAGAAUGAAGAAGAGGAAGGAGCAGUUGGUUUAGAGGCCUUUGGAGCAGGUCAUCCCUGCAGACUGGAGAAUGAAACAUUACCUGAACUUGAAGAUGCCUCAGUUGAAUUUUCGCCACGCAACAGAAUGGCACUAUAUGAAAACAUUUCAGUUACUAGGGGUCCAUUGAGUGGUGUUGAGAGCCAGCUGGACAGCCAGAGGGAAAAGCCCAUCUCCGGUAGGGAUCAAGAAAAGCUGCGCAAGAUCAAGGAGAGACUGCUUCUGGAGGAUUCUGACGAGGAAGAAGGCGACCUGUGCCGUAUCUGCCAGAUGCGGGAGGAAUCAGCAUCAAACCCCUUGAUUCAGCCUUGCCGCUGUACAGGCAGCCUCCAAUACGUCCACCAGGAAUGCAUCAAGAGGUGGCUUCGCUCCAAAAUCGGCUCAGGUACAAACCUUGAGGCCAUCACAACAUGUGAACUCUGCAAGGAGAAACUGCGCUUAAACAUAGACAACUUUGACAUUAGGGAGCUGUACAAGACACAUGUGCAAUCAGAAUAUGAUGAGUUCAUCAGCAGCGGUCUCUAUCUGGUGGUGCUGCUGCAUUUCUGCGAGCAGAGGUUCUCUGAUGUCCUGGGAGCCGUCGAUGCAGCUGGGUUAUUCAACCUGGUGAGAAUCCUUCAUGAACACAUGGACAAUCUUGAAAGCCCCCAUGGAGAAAGUGAUGAGGAGGUGCGAGACAACAGACCGUCGAUUGAGUUUUCUGACCUGGAUGACGAUCUUGAAGAGGAGUACUAAUUAUGUGAAUGUGGUGGAAUGAGGGUCAAAAAAGUGGGUCAGAUUACCUGCAGUUGCAGGGCUACACCAUACCAUAUGGUAGCUCACCCCGUUUUCACAUAUGCUUUGACAUCGUCACGGUCAUCUGAAAUGCAAGUGAGAAAUGCCAAGUGCACAGAACAUGUCUUGCCUUUGUUGCAGGUGGCUUUUGCAAAUAUGCAAACUUGAAUUGAACUAGUGAGUAAAACAUUCUGUCUGACACCACUGUAUUUCUGUUUCUAUGAGUGCACUUUAUUCACUUAUAAUUAAAUAAAAAUGCAAGUCUUUUUAACUGUUAUACCACAAGUGCUUUAAUGUUGAAGUAAGGAAGGAAUAGAAUAGAAGGAACACAGAGAUGAGUGUGGAUUUGUACUUACGUUCUGAUGGUAAGACGGAUGCUUUUGGGAGAGAACAGAAAGAGUGGCGAUUAUUUACUUUUGUUGUCUGUUUUCCCCUGACUUUUCACACCGAAUUAAAAAGGAAAAAAAAAAAAAAUAGGACUUACCCAUCAACAAAUUUUCUUCAUCUAUGUUUCAGUGUUUGAAAUGCUUUAUGUAUGUACAAAUCUAGUUUCAUGCUCUUAAUUUUGGGAAUAAAGAUUGAAUGCAGA